AUGGUCGAGCUCCUUUGUGCCUUAGGGGCAACUCCUGAAGUGUUGGAAAUUUCUGUGAUUCGAACCGACCAGACUCACGGCUCUCUAUGGUUUACCAGGAAUAUAAAGAUUCUCUCUUUGCUCCUCGAGCUCGGCGCAGACCCAGAAACCUUUGUCGCCGACAAACCAAGAGGUUUCCCCCUUAUAAGUGCUGCUUCCGAGGGAGAGGUGGAAGCUAUUCGCCUCCUUCUAGAUGCUCAAGCUCAACCGGACUUGGUCACUCUGGAGUUUGGGACUGCAUUACAAGCUGCUGCCGCACGAGGCCAUGAAGUCGUCGUGAGGGUUCUCAUCGAGCGUGGUGCAGGUGUCAAUACUACCUGGACAACUUCAAAUUACGGUCACAUAAGGAUAGCAGAAUGGCUUAGGACCUACACAGCCUCCGAUUACCCGAUGAGCUUUUGA